UCCUCCCUUAUAAUAGGCUACACGAAAUACACACACACACAUUUUGCGUGUCACACCAGUUUAAACUGAUAUCAAACAUCUUUAACUUGGUCCCAAACCCUGACAAGGAUUGAUUUACUGAUGAAUGAUUUAUCCACUAUCAUACUUUUGGCCAGUAUUAAUAGGAUCAACUAAAUAUUUUCGUUACUCUAUUUCAGGAACAAUGCGUUUUAGCACAAACUUUAAGCCGUAUGUUCUGCUUCUCGUUGUUGGAAUCUUCUUGCUUCUUGGGUAUGUCUACUUCAGCUUCUUCUCUGAAAGGCUCAACCGAGAUAUCCCAGUUGAUGAGGACGUGAAGAGCAGCAGCCUGAGUAAGCCCAUGGUCAGGAGCAGAGUAUGGAACAUGGUCUCUCCAGAAAAGCUUUUGUACAAGCAGCCCAGUGUCUUGGUGGGACGUACUGAUGUGGUGACAGUGACCCCAUGGUUGGCAUCCAUCAUCUGGGAAGGCACCUUUGACCCUGUGCUCGUUGACAACAUCUACAAGCCCAUGAACCUCACCAUAGCAACCACAGUGUUUGCAGUUGGAAAAUAUGUCAGCUUUCUCCGAGAUUUUCUGGAGACAGCGGAGAUGCACUUCAUGGUCGGCUUCAACGUGCGCUACUAUGUUUUCACUGAUCGUCCCCAAGAUGUUCCUUCGGUGAACCUAACUCAGGGGAGACAUUUAAGUGUGAUCCAGGUCCCGGGUUCAAACCGCUGGCAGGAGAUAUCAGCCCGGAGGAUGGAGAUCAUCCAGACCACCAUUGAAAGUCAGAUCAGAAGGGAGGCCGACUACAUCUUCUGUCUUGACGUGGACAGCAAAUUCCACGCUCGCUGGGGGGCCGAGUCUCUUGGAAGACUGGUUGCUGUGAUACACCCAGGCUACUAUGCUCAGACCCGUGCCAAAUUCCCGUACGAACGGCGUCCAGCCUCGACGGCCUACAUCCCCAUGGAUGAGGGAGACUACUACUAUGGCGGGGCUAUGAUCGGAGGAUUCGUGGAGGAUGUGUACACACUUACAACGGUAUGUCGGAACCAGUUUGCGGUGGAUGCUGGGAAUUCCAUCGAGGCUGCCUGGCAGGAGGAGAGCCACCUCAACAGGUACCUGCUCUAUAACAAGCCCAGCAAGGUGUUGUCUCCCGAGUACCUGUGGCAGGACUUCAAGGCCAAAACCAAAGAGGUCAAAGUCAUUCGCUUUUCAGGGGUCAUUAAAAACUAUGCUGAAGUUCGUCCCAAUGUAUAAAAAGAGGAAGUGGAUAUUUGACCAGCAGAAAAAAACUAAAUUCAGUCUUAGCGGUAUAAAUUCAUUGUGGUUAUCGUUAUGUUUAGGUUUAGGAACAAGGGUUAGGUUAGGGUUACGUUCGGGUAUAAUUUUGUUGAGUUACGUUUGUGGGUUGCGGUUCGGGAAAGGCAAAAUAAUACAAAUAAUUUGGGGGAUACUGAAAUUUGACCUGUUACAUGCAAAAUGGGGAAAAGGUGAAGGAGUCUGAACACUUUCCAAAUGCACUGUAUUGAAAUGUUUGUUGAAGAUGAAAGGAGGAGCUUUAUUAUAUUUUUACCUUUAUUUAACUAGGCAAGUCAGUUAAGAACAAAUUCUUAUUUUCAAUGACAGCCUAGAAACAGUGGGUUAACUGCCUGUUCAGGGGAAGAACGACAGAUUUGUACCUUGUCAGCUCAGGGAUUUGAACUUGCAACCUUCCGGUUACUAGUUCAACACUUUAAACACUAGGCUACCCUGCCACCCCUAUCACAGUCACAAAUGAGAAGUUGUUUGAGUGAUUCAUAUUACAAACAUGUAGGACAUUGCAACAAAUGAGUCACACUUAAUCAGAAUAGUUUCUCAUCUUUGAGCUCCCCUGUAACAACGAUUAUGACCAACAAACACAUUUUUUAGUUGUGGAGACAUGCAGAAAUAGGGAAUACAUAUCAUCUAUAAAUUUGUAAGUCAGACAAGCCACUACAGUGGGCUGAAUUCCAUUUAAUGAUAAAAGGGCAAAAACUGCACAAAGAGCAAGGUGGUGCUGGCAGUCCUAUCCAGAAACGCUUGGAUAGGUACAAGCAAUAUUCCCUCUAAGCUGAGCACAGCUCCCCUCGGACUGCCAGCAGAAGAAAUAUCAACCUGCGGAGAGAAGCACUAGAUUGAACUCACUCAACUUUAUAGUUUUCCAUUUCAGUUACCACUAUCAACGCUUCACUCUACUGUGGGAAUGCUCGAAUCAACUAAAUAUUAGGCACUUUAAAUGUAAUAUAUCCUGAAACAAAACCAACUAUGCAAGACUUAGCAUGUAAAACUUUGGAGUAGGAUUCUAUUGCAUUGACAGGCAAGACGAAGGCCCAUUCUCUACACAGACUGGUGUGCCAUAACCAAUCAGAGCUGCAGUUGGCCUAUAUGCAUAUUGCCAUAUAUGGAUCUGUGCCAUUCAAUUUAAUAAACUGGACUGUGUUUAUAUCAUGA